AUGGAUCCCCGGCAACGCGACGACCAGGAACGGCAAGAAGAUGAAGAAGCAGCGGCGGCGAGUGGUGCAGCCGCCGUCGAGGGCGCGUCGGCGGAGGGAUGCGUUCCUCCGGCCGCCGUGACAGGGGAAGGAGGCUGCGGGGCAGCGUCGGAGGAGGAGCUGCAGGACGCUGCCCCUGCGGCGGCACUGGCACUCUCCGGCGAUAGGGGAUGCGGAGAAGCAUCGGCGGCGGAGGAAGCUGCCGGUGCCGCCUCCACUUCCGGCGCCGGGGACGGCGACCGCGAGGUCGACGGGCCGUACGUGACGCCGACGUCGCCGAGGCACCGUUUGCCGGCGCCGAGGGCGCGCGCGGGCGGCGAGGAGGACGACGGCGUGGUGGUGGUGGAGGAGGAGGGGGAAGGGGAGGGGAAGCCGCCGGAGGCUCCCGUGCCCGCGGCGGAGAGGGUGGCCGCCGCGGUGGAGGCCGCGGCGGCGGCGGCGGCGGCCGGGGAGUACCGGAACGCGUACAGGCGGCAGCUACAGGCGCUGUCGCGGCGGGUCCGGCUGCUCGGCCCCUUCGUCGAGGAGCUCCGGGAGCGGAGGGGGUCGGCGUCGAGGCUGGAGGAGGAGGAGGAGGUGGAGGAGAGGGCGCUGGCGCCGCUCGCCGCCGCGCUGGAGGCGGCGCUCGCGCUGCUCCGGCUCGGCCGCGAGGGGAGCAGGAUAUCCUUGGUUCUUGAGAGGGACAGUGUAAUGAAAAAGUUUCAGGGAGUAAUUUUGCAGUUGGAACAAGCUUUGUGCGACAUCCCGUACAAUCAAUUGGAUAUAUCAGAUGAAGUUAGAGAGCAGGUUGAGUUAGUGCAUGCACAACUCAAAAGAGCAAAAGAACGGAUUGAUAUGCCUGAUGAUGAAUUCUACAAUGACUUACUAUCUCUAUACAACAAGAACUAUGACCCGAGUGCAGAACUGGCUAUCCUUGGAAGAUUGUCAGAAAAGCUGCACUUGAUGACGAUCACCGAUCUCACACAAGAAUCACUUGCCUUGCACGAGAUGGUUGCAUCCGGCGGUGGUCAGGACCCAGGAGAGCACAUUGAGAAAAUGUCAAUGCUACUAAAGAAGAUCAAGGACUUUGUGCAAACACAGAACCCUGACAUGGGCCCUCCUAUGGCUUCCAGGGUUUUGGAUUCAAAUGGGGAGUCAAGGCCUAUAGCCAUUCCUGAUGAGUUCCGGUGCCCAAUUUCUCUUGAGCUGAUGAAGGAUCCUGUUAUAGUCUCUACAGGCCAGACAUAUGAGCGGGCAUGUAUCGAGAAAUGGAUAGCAUCUGGUCAUCAUACGUGCCCAACUACACAACAGAGGAUGUCAACCUCAGCAUUGACACCCAACUACGUCCUUAGAAGUCUCAUUGCCCAGUGGUGCGAAUCCAAUGGGAUAGAGCCACCGAAGCGCUCAACCCAGCCUAACAAGCCUACGCCUGCAUGCUCUUCAAGUGAACGCGCUAACAUUGAUGCUCUACUGUCUAAGUUAUGUUCUCUGGACCCUGAGGAGCAGAGAUCAGCCGCUGCAGAGCUUCGCCUCCUCGCAAAACGGAAUGCAAACAACCGGAUCUGCAUUGCUGAAGCAGGUGCCAUUCCCUUGCUGUUGAGCCUGCUGUCCUCAUCUGACCUACGAACUCAAGAACAUGCAGUUACUGCACUUCUGAACCUUUCCAUACAUGAGGACAAUAAGGCGAGCAUCAUAUCGUCCGGUGCUGUGCCGAGCAUAGUCCAUGUUCUGAAGAAUGGCAGCAUGGAGGCACGGGAAAACGCUGCGGCCACACUCUUUAGCCUCUCAGUGAUUGAUGAAUACAAAGUAACAAUUGGGGGAACAGGAGCUAUCCCAGCCCUUGUAGUACUGCUAGGCGAGGGUAGCCAGCGGGGGAAGAAGGAUGCAGCAGCAGCCCUCUUCAACUUGUGUAUAUACCAAGGGAACAAGGGCCGAGCGAUACGGGCCGGCCUUGUGCCACUCAUCAUGGGGCUGGUGACCAACCCUACAGGAGCACUCAUGGAUGAGGCUAUGGCAAUUCUCUCUAUUCUAUCCAGCCACCCUGAGGGGAAGGCAGCAAUUGGAGCAGCAGAGCCUGUCCCUGUGCUUGUGCAGAUGAUCGGAAGCGGAACCCCGAGAAACAGAGAGAACGCCGCAGCUGUCAUGCUUCAUCUAUGCAGUGGAGAGCACCAUCUUGCGCAUUUAGCGCGUGCCCAGGAGUGCGGCAUCAUGGUCCCAUUGAGGGAGCUGGCUCUGAACGGCACCGAUCGGGGGAAGAGGAAGGCUGUGCAGCUGCUUGAGCGGAUGAGCAGAUUCCUGGUUCAGCAACAGGAGGAACAGGAGUCCCAGCGGCAAGCCUCGGUGCAGGCCCCGGAAACCGACAUCCCUGAACAAUUGGACAGCCCAGCUUCACAAUCCUACCAAGCAUUGGAUUGAGUAGGAUCCAGGUUCACUCACUUUGCAUUCUGCUCAUGAUUCAUAGCAUGCUGAUCAAUCUGAGGUUUUUUCCACAAUCUUGAACUAUCUGGUAGAAGAUGGCCAAUCUGUCUUCCAUUCUUGUGUGCUGAAACUCCCAGAUUGUGGGCAUGUGUUAAAGUGGCUCCAGGGUGUUGAGAUAGAUGUGUACAGUUUCUUAAACAUGCAGCUUCAAAUACUAUAUGUAGACAACAUAAUGCAAGGUUUUCCCAUGUAUAUCCCUCAAACUGUAAUACCAUGUGUAAAAGAGAAGUUUCAAAUGCGGAUUUGAGCAGCAAAUCUUAUGGCUUUACUUCUAGCUUUGUAUUUCUGCUCAUGGUUGUUCCAUAGCAUGCAUCAGAUCCAAACAGUGUCAAUAACUGUACUCCAUUUCAAAGAGUAGAAUGAUGCUAACGCAAUGUAAGCA